AUGUUACAACUUGCAGUGCGAUGUUUUAGUCAUGCAUGUAAUGGUGAUCUGUUAAGUACAGAAAUUAACUUUUUGUUAAGCUGUUUACUGGAAUACUCAUUUAUAUAUGAUUUAAUUCGACUGGAAUCUUUUACACAACAAUUAGUUGAUGAUUGUGCUAAUAUUGUUUUGAAACUUUUACGAAAAUUUCCCCAAGAAUGUGUUGUGAAGGUGCGACCUUUAGCUAGAGUUUUAACGGAAAAGACAGAAACAGCCAGAUAUUUAGACACAAAUACAGUGGAGAAUAUCAAAACUAUUAAUAAUCUGAUCGAUGAACAUACAGCCACUAAAACAGAAGACGCUUCAUCAUCUAGACCAAGACCUCACAAUGACGAUGAUCUGCCCCCGGAGGACUUUCGUGAAUUGACAACCAUACCCUUAGAGAGUGAUUUAGACAUUAAUAAGCAACCAUUCCUCAGAAAAAAUAGACUCCAAGGCCGAUAUGACAAUUGCGACCAGUAUCUGGAUGUCCAAUUCCGCCUUCUUCGUGAAGAUUUGUUUGUACCUUUAAGAGAAAGUAUCAGUGAAUAUCAAAGUCACUGUGGAAACACAUCUAAAACUAUAUCAUCUAUACAGGUGUAUUUCAAUGUUAAAUUGAUCCGACCCAUCUGUACAAACAAUGGUUUGGGUUACACGGUGUCUUUUGAUGCUAAGAGGGCAAAUAAUAUUAAAUGGGAAAGCAGUAAAAGACUAAUGUAUGGUUCUUUAUUAUGUCUGUCGAAGGAUAAUUUUCAAAAUUGUGUUUAUGCUACGGUGGUGAAUAGAGAUAAAAAGGACAUUUCUAAUGGAUUGCUCGGUAUCAGGUUUGAGUUUCUGGAUAUUGAAGAAUUGAAUACAUUUGUACUAGAAAAUCGCAGUCAUCGCUUCUGUAUGGUUGAAUCACCGUCUUACUAUGAACCAUACAAACACGUUCUUCAAGGCAUGCAGCAUAUGAAUGAAGCCAAUUUUCCUUUCUAUAAUUAUGUAGUUGAAUGUGACACAAACAUUCAACGUCCAGCUUAUUUGAAAAGAAAUUCUGGUGCUCUGUAUGAUUUAAGACCGGUUGUGGAUCCAAACUUUAAGAUUAAACCUGGUACAGAGAUUAACUUUGAUUCAGAAUUUAGUAGCUUAGAAUAUAUUGACAUUCAAGACGAUAAAUGCUGGCCAAAUCCUGAGAAACUUAAAUUAGAUCCUUCACAGGCUAUAGCUCUCCGACAAGCUCUAAAUAGAGAAUUUGCCAUAAUACAAGGACCUCCUGGAACGGGAAAGACACAUGUUGGUCUGAGUAUUCUGAAAGUUCUUCUUCAUAACAAAUCGAUUUGGUGUCCUGACGACAAUAAUACACCGAUUGUAAUUAUUUGUUAUACCAACCAUGCCUUAGAUCAAUUUCUUCUCGGGGCCCUGGACUUUUUUGAUGGUAAUCUGGUUCGAGUUGGAUCUCGAUCACAAGACGACAGAAUUAAAGAUUAUGCUAUAACAAAUCACAGAACUCGAUCAAGAGAAGGAAAAAAGGUUUCCCAAGCUGUUCACAAUUCUCGAGUUGGUUUGAAAGACGAUAUGGAUCUUCUGAAAACCGAAAUUGAAGAAAGUGCGGUCAAACUACAAAUAGCUCAACGAGAUAUUCUGCAUGAGGAUUUUCUGAAAGAUGAGGCUAUUAUUACAGAUGAAAUAUAUGUCCAAUUAAAAGACGGAAAGAAAACAUCCAUUUUGUUAAAGUGGUUGGGAAUCCAACAGAAGAUAAAUGAGAUCGAGCGGAAAUAUCAUAUUGACGCCUACAAUAUAGGUAAUACCACUGAUAAUGUCGAAUAUGAUCAUGAUGACUAUGAUGAAGAUUUACCAGAUGUAUGGACUCAAGUAGUUGAACGUGAAAUAGACGACGAUGAUGAUGAUACAUUACCGGAACUAAACCAACUGACACGUUCCAUUAUAUCAAAAGCGCAGUUGCUGGACGUUUCAUCUUUGGACGACAUUUCAGUUGAUUUUGGAACCGCGGAGGAAAGAAAACUUAAAGUAGAUAAACGAAGCGAAUUAAGAAAAUUGAAAAGACAGCUUAGAUUAAACAUUUCUUCGGAUGAUUGUAUGAAUAGAAUGGAGUCUCUCAACAUUCACAAUAUUUGGAAGCAGAAAUAUCUGCAGAGAUGGCGAUUAUACAGAUAUUGGCUGAAUCUGUUUGUUGAGAAAUUGUCCGGCAAUAUAAUAAAUAGAGAAAUUGCUUAUGAAAAUAUUGCAACACGUUAUAAAACGGUGUUGUUGGCAGAAGAUAGGGACAUAAUAAAAGAGGCUGGACUUGUCGGAUUAACAACAACAGCAGCAGCUAAAUACCAUUCAGUUUUAGCUGAUAUUGGUCCAAAAAUUAUCAUCUUUGAGGAGGCAGCUGAAGUUUUAGAGGGGCAUAUCGUGGUUAACCUUAGCCGUCAUUGUGAACAUGCCAUUUUCAUUGGUGACCACAAACAGCUCCAGCCCAACCCAACUGUUUAUAAACUAGCCAAACAGUACAAUCUAGAUAUAUCACUUUUCGAAAGGCUAAUAAACAACAAGAUUCCAUUCGACACACUAAACAAACAGCAUCGAAUGCGGCCUGAAAUAGCCGAUAUUGUUCGAAUUGUGUACCCAGCUCUUGAGGAUCACGAUGUAGUGAAACAUUAUGAAGAUAUAAAGGGAGUUGAGAACAAUUUAGCGUUUAUCAACCACAGCUCUCCCGACGAAACCGACGAAGACACCAAAAGCAGAGCUAAUAAAUACGAAGCUGAUUUUAUCAAAUCCUUGUGUGAUUAUUUUCUUAAGAAAGGUUACAGACAAGAUCAAAUAACAAUAUUGACAACUUACUCUGGACAACUCGCCUACUUUACUGAUAUAUUACCUAAAACUAAAUAUUCCAAAUUACGAGUAGCCACAGUAGACAGUUACCAAGGACAGGAAAAUGACAUCAUCCUACUUUCUUUAGUGCGAAGCAGUGAUGAAGAAAAGAUUGGUUUCCUCGCAAAAGAAAACCGUAUUUGUGUGGCAUUUUCUAGAGCUAAAAUGGGGUUUUUCGUCAUAGGAAAUUUUGAGCAUCUCCAAACACACAGUACUCUUAUUAAAAAUAUGGUAAUGAAAGCUUCUCAAAAAAAGGUUUUACAUGACGGGUUGAAGAUUUAUUGUUUGAAACAUCACGACACUCGAUAUGUUUCCUUACCAUCAGACUUCAGAGAAUGUUUGGAAACCUGUGGAGAAAGACUGAAAUGUGGUCACGCUUGCUUGUUACCCUGUCAUUCUAAAGAUGAACAUGAUGAUUAUAAAUGUGCUGAACAAUGUAGUAGAAAAUGCAAUGCAGGACAUCCUUGUAACAAGAAAUGUUUUGAAAAAUGUUCACCAUGUACGUACCAAGUAAUGGCGAUAUUGCCUUCUUGCGGACAUGAACAGAUGAUUGCUUGUUCUGAAGAACCAUGGAUGGUUCAGUGUAGGAACAAUAUCAAGAAAACCUUACCAUGUGGGCACGAGGGAGAAGGUGUAUGUUCACCUAAUCUGACCAGCUAUUGCAACCAGACUACAAAAGUAACCAGAUCUAAAUGUGGUCACACAUCAGAAGUUCCAUGUCAUGAAAAAGACUCAGACCUGUGUAAUUUUGAAUGCGAGAAGAUACUUGAUUGUGACCAUGAAUGUUCUGGAACCUGUACACAGUGUUACAAAGGAAGACUCCACGUAUCAUGUCAGAAACCUUGUGGCCGAGAACUGCUUUGUGGGCAUAUCUGCAAAGAUUCGUGCACAUUCUGCCCACCAUGUGAUGAUGUAUGUAUUAAUAAAUGCCAGCAUAACCGAUGUAUUAAUAAAUGUGGUGAAGAAUGUAUACCGUGCAAAAUGCAAUGUACCUGGCAGUGUAAGCACAUGAAGUGUACUAAACGUUGCAGCGAGAUGUGCGAUAGGGAGAGAUGUAACAAACCGUGUAAGAAGUUGCUACCCUGCGACCAUUUUUGUAUAGGUUUAUGUGGUGAAACUUGUCCCAACCUAUGUCGAUUAUGUAACAGAGAGGAUCUUGAAAAAUUGAAUAUUUGGGGUUCUGAAGAUAUUUCAAACAGUGGAUAUAUUAUGCUUGAAGAUUGUAAACAUACCUUAGAAGUGACUGGCCUUGAUAAGUAUAUGGACAUUUCAGAUGACAACAGUGAUAAACAGAUAGCUUUUAAAAGAUGUCCUUUUUGCAAGACACACAUCAUCUCAACACCAAGAUACGGCAAUCUUAUUAAAACUGUCUUCAACAGCAUUUAUGCCAUAAAAAACAAAAUCAUGGGAAAUUCUGAGAAUAUAUUCAAGUUACAACAGCUUAUUGAAGACAAAAAAAGGAAUGUCAACCUAAAAGUGUUCAUCUCGAGCAUAUUUGAUACCAAAAAUUUUGUGCAAUCAGAGAAUCACUUGAAAGCUAUCCUUAACCAAAUAUAUAUCUAUGAAAAAAUACUUUUCAUGCGAAAUCAGUUAAACAGAACUAAAGCUCAACUGCAGCUGCAUGACGAUUAUUUCGGAAGAGAAGUUCAGUUAUUGAUUGAUCUAGAAAGAUGGACUUCGGUAAAAAGAAAAAUAUUUUCUACUCAAGAAACAAAAGACGCUAAAUUGGAAAUUAAAAGGCUAUGGCGACUGGUUCAGCUUUGUGUAGGUCGUGAACGAGCUAAUGGUAACAGUGAUGUACCACCUACUGUCAUUGUACGUCUUGCAACAACAAUUCGUGAAAUUCAUAAUGGUCGGAGUAUACCAGAAGAAGAUGUCACAGAACUAUUGGAAAUUGUAGAAGAAUAUAUUCCUAGAACAACACUGGGUAUUACUGAUAACGAGAGAUUAGAGAUUUUACAUGCUAUCGGUGGGCGGAAAGGAGAAUGGUAUCAAUGCGCAAAUGGUCAUUAUUAUUCAGUUGGAGACUGUAGCAGACCACUGGAGAAAUCAAUUUGUCCUGAAUGCAGUCAUGAAAUUGGUGGAUUAAAUCACGCACUAGUAGGUGGUAACAUUCCAGCUCCAGAAUUUGAUGAUGCUGAAGGCCCAGUUCAUACCGAAGAAAGUGACUACCUGUUAGCCUUAGAAUUACAGUUUGGAUAA